GUACCGCGGCUUCUAUGGUUCCACCAUUUUGAUUUACGUUACCACGUUUCGUGUGAAUCGUAUCAGUAUUUCGUGUUUUUCGUUACCUCUUGCAUUGCAUCUGAUUCGGAUAAUUCUAUUAUUCUGUUAGCGUAGUUUCGUGCGUCUAAUUUGUUUCGACAUUUUCUGGCUAAUAGCAUUUCAUUUAUUAUAAAAAUCAGAUGACUGACAAACCUGUAACGGAGAUGCCAGUUGCGCAAAAUGAAGUCAAGUCCAGUUGGGCUGAUGAAGUUGAAGAGGAGGGAGGAGCGUUACCCGCACCUUCAGAAGUCUACGAGAAUGGAUUUAAAAUUUCAACUGAAUACAAGUACAAUCAGGAUAACAAAAAAGUUAAAGUAGUGCGUACUUAUAAAAUAGAGCGGCGUAUAGUAUCGAAAACGAUCGCGGCACGUAAGAAUUGGGCAAAGUUUGGCGAUUCGGCUGACGAUAGGCCAGGACCCAACCCAGCUACCACUGUUGGUGGUGAAGAUGUUUUCAUGCAAUUCAUAUCUAGCAAAGAAGAGGAGAACAAGGUAGAAGAAGAUUCUCUAGACAAAUUGAAAAAUAUGGGCGACAAAGGAGUCGUCAAAUGCCGUAACUGCAAUGGUGAUCACUGGACCUCCAAAUGUCCUUACAAGGACACGGUUCUCGCUGGUGGAAAAGUACCAGACGACAAGAAACCUCUCGUUAAUACGGGAGUACCUGGUGCAAUGGCUGAACUUAAACCACAGGGUGGCAAGUACGUGCCACCUGGUAUGCGUGACGGUGGCAAUAAACGUGGCGAUUCGAUGCAGAUGCAGAGACGCGAUGAUACGACCGCUAUUCGUAUCUCCAAUCUUUCACAGAGCACUACAGACGCGGAUCUUGAUGAACUUGUGAAGCCUUUCGGAUCUGUGGUGAAGCAAUUUUUGGCCAAAGAGAAACUUUCCAAUCUUUGCAAAGGAUUCGCUUAUGUACAUUUCAAGCACAGAGCUGAUGCCGCAAGAGCGAUCGCCACUCUUGAUGGUUAUGGUUAUGAUCAUCUUAUUCUAAGCGUUGAAUGGUCGAAACCACAAACACAAAAUAAUUAAAAUGACUCGAAUGUUCAUUUCAUUUAACUCUAAACGUGGAAUUAUGAAACUUUCUAUUUUUCACAUUUAGUCUUAAAUGUACAUCAUGGAUACAAAUCCAGUUUUUAUAUUUUAAGUUGGGCACACGUAGAUAUAUAAAUAUGUAAAUGUAUAAUUAAAUUUACUGUAUAAGUAAAAUAUAAAAAAUGUAGAGAAGAUACAACAGGAAACUCGACGGUAUGUGAUUUUUUUGUGUUACUUCGCAUGCAGUCUAAUAAAUUAUUAUUCAGCAUGCAGUCUUUAUGAUAAUUUAUUAGAUUGCAUGCGAGCAAAAAAAUCGCAUCUUACUCUUCUGUAAUUGUGUUACAUUUUAAUAUGUAAAUUUUUUAUUUCUUAUAUUACAAUGUACUUUCAAUCUGGUUCAGGAAUCUGUUUAUUUUUGUGAAGAAUGAUUAUAUCAAUCUAAGAAUCUGGAUUGAAAAAUAUAAAUUUUUACGU